CUGGCUUUCAACAUCUUGUUUAUGGCAACACGGCCAUUUGAAAGAGAACAGAAGGACCGGCCCUCAACCUCUCACUCUCAUUUCCUCCUUUGCCAGAGACCAACGUAAAGAUGUCUGAUGCUCUUUGUAUUGUGGGUUCGUUUUUUGGAUCUGCAGAGGGACAGCAAGACUGCAGUUCCUGUUACCUGAUAAAUAUGGGGUCUGUAAUAGGCAUUAUUGCCUCUGAUAUCAUCUUGACCGUCCUCAUCACCAUUUCUGUGUUCUGCUUUGCGACUCACCAAAAGAGAAGGAGGGAAUGGGAAUCUCGUGAUGGUAAAAGAAAUCUGCCAUCAUCAGCAUCAAAGAAAAUGGCAACAGAGGUCACAGAAUCUCCCUACCAGGUGUUACAUGGAGUCCAAUCAGAUGUGUACAGUGAGCUUCAGCACUUUAGGAAGUGAAACAAUAGAACUUUAAAAUUCCGAACAAUGCCUUGACUGCAAGCUAUAAAACCCUGCACAUCUUUUGUGUGUAUGAGCCACUACUACUCCAACUGCAUUAUAGGUAAUAAAAUACAUGUAUUUUGGAUAAUGUAUUAAGUAUUGUUUUGUGUUGAACGUGAUGUUCACUGAAACACAUUCGUGUUUUUUUCAUAAGCUUUCUUCAAAUAUGUAUUUCUAUUUAAGUGAUUAUAAAUUAAACUACA